CAACACAAUCAUUCAUCUACACCCUUCAAUAGUUACAAUUACAAAUUCACUGCUUUAAGUAAAGCAAGGCCAGUUGACACAAAAUACAAAAUCAUAAGAUACAAAGCACAAGCAAGAAAUGGAGGAAAGAUUGGGCAAAGAAUUGGUGUUCAUUGCUAGCCCAUUGAUAGGUCAUUUGAUGCCUUUUGUGCAGCUAGCUAAGCUCAUGCUAAAUCUUGAGCCAAAACUCUCAAUCACAUUCAUUCUCAUCAAACUACCUGCUCAGUCCGAGGUCAAUACUUUUAUAGAUACUCUAUGUUCCGCUAUGAUGCACAAACGUCUCUGCUUUGUAACCUUGCCACCACUUGAGCAUAAAUGGAGUUCCACAAACAGAGGUGUUAUUUUUGAUGAACUCAUACAAUAUCACAAGCCUCGAAUAUUACAUACUAUAUCUCAACUUAUCGUCCAGCAUGGAGUUGAUGCUGUUGUUGUUGAUUUGUUGUCGUCUACUUUGAUUGAGCUAGUGGCUGAUGAGUUUGGAAUCCCGGGCUACGUGUUCUUCACGUCUGGCGCAGGUUUUCUUGGUGUCAUGUUACGUUUUCAAACACUGGAAGAUGAGCUUAAAGAAGACACUGGUAAGUUGAAGUACGCUACUACUGAUCUACGCAUGCCUGGCUUUGUUCAACCAGUUCCUCCAGCUGUGUUGCCUUCGCUAUUGGCGGAUUAUGCGACUUGGACUGCAAGGUUCCUGAGGUAUGCUCGCGGUUGUAGAAAGGCUAAGGGGAUUUUGGUCAAUACUUUUCAGGAACUUGAGUCAUAUCCACUGUCUUCAUUUUCAGUUCUUGAUUCCUCGUCUUGGUAUGGCAAGUCUAGUAUUCCUGAAAUCCAAGCGGUGGGACCAGUUAUCUACCAGUCUACGCCGCAAGCGUCAGACGGGUUGAUGAAAUGGCUUGAUGAUCAGGCUCCGUCAUCUGUUGUUUUCUUGUGCUUUGGGAGCAUGGGAAGCUUUGGGGUAGAUCAAGUGAGAGAGAUAGCAUAUGGGAUUGAGCAGAGCAAGUGCCCAUUUGUUUGGGUAUUGCGACAACCACCAACAGCUAACCAGCCAGACUUUCCGAGUGAAGCAGGAAACUUUGAGGACCUGUUGCCAGAAGGGUUCAUGACUAGGACAUCUGGAAUUGGUAAAAUUAUGGGAUGGGUUCCGCAACUGGCAGUCCUGUCACAUGGAGCGAUUGGAGGGUUCGUGUCACACUGCGGAUGGAAUUCUGUAUUGGAAAGCUUGUGGUGUGGUGUUCCUCUACUUGCUUGGCCAUUAUAUGCUGAACAAAAGCUGAAUGCAUUUCAGAUGGUGAAGGAACUCGGCUUGGCUGUCGAGAUCCCCGCCACAGUUCCAGAUCAUGACUACAAAGAUAAAGCUUCUGUUGAUCUACUCAUUAAAGCAGAAUCAGUAGAAAAAGGAAUAAGGAGAUUGAUUCUAGGAGAAGAUGGUAAGGUUAUCAGAAGGAAGGUGGCCCAAAUGAAAGAGAAAAGCAGGGAGAACAUGCAAGAAGGUGGAUCAUCUUACGAGUCGCUUGGGAAUUUCAUACGGAAUGUAAUGUGAAGACACAAAACUUUACAUCUGCUUGCAUAUUUGGAAGUUCUACACAAAAUGUGCAUAAAAAAAACCUAGGAUUUCAUAAUGUUCCUCCUCAUAGAAGGCAUUUUUAUAGAAA